UCGGAGCCGGCGGUGGCACUUUGCCCUUUCACCCGGAGCCAUCGCUGUCCGUCCGCGAACAGCUCACGCUGAGUGGCUCGCGGAUGGCGUGGGCCUGGGGAAGGCACAGAAUAGGCCCCGCCGCCGGGCCCCAGAGUCGGCCGGCUGCCGGUUGCUAGGCAGCCGCGCGGGCGGAGGGAGGGUGCGGUCCGGGAGGCGGGGGCUGGAGGGAGUCGGGCCGCGAUGGACCAGUACUGCAUCCUGGGCCGCAUUGGCGAGGGCGCGCAUGGCAUCGUCUUCAAGGCAAAGCACGUGGAGACAGGAGAAAUCGUGGCUCUUAAGAAGGUGGCCCUGCGGCGGCUGGAGGAUGGCAUCCCGAACCAGGCGCUGCGGGAGAUCAAGGCCCUGCAGGAGAUUGAGGACAACCAGUAUGUGGUGCAGCUAAAGGCCGUAUUCCCACAUGGUGCAGGCUUCGUGCUGGCCUUCGAGUUCAUGCUGUCAGAUCUGGCUGAAGUGGUGCGCCAUGCACAGAGGCCUCUGGCCCAGGCGCAGGUCAAGAGCUAUCUGCAGAUGCUGCUCAAGGGAGUCGCCUUCUGCCAUGCCAACAACAUAGUCCAUCGGGACUUAAAACCGGCCAACCUGCUCAUCAGUGCCUCAGGCCAGCUCAAGAUAGCAGACUUUGGCCUGGCCCGGGUCUUUUCCCCAGAUGGCAACCGCCUCUACACACACCAGGUGGCCACCAGGUGGUACCGAGCCCCCGAGCUGCUGUAUGGUGCCCGCCAGUAUGACCAGGGCGUCGACCUGUGGGCUGUGGGCUGCAUCCUGGGGGAGCUGUUGAAUGGAUCGCCCCUCUUCCCUGGGGAGAAUGAUAUCGAACAGCUUUGCUGUGUGCUUCGCAUCCUGGGCACCCCCAGUCCUCAAAUCUGGCCGGAGAUCACGGAGCUACCCGACUACAACAAGAUCUCCUUCAAGGAGCAGGCACCCGUGCCCCUGGACGAGGUCCUGCCUGACGCCUCUCCGCAAGCCUUAGACCUGCUGGGGCAGUUUCUCCUUUACCCUCCACGCCGGCGCAUUGCUGCCUCCCAGGCCCUCCUGCACCAAUACUUCUUCACCGCCCCACUGCCUGCCCACCCCUCAGAGCUGCCUAUUCCUCAGCGUCCAGGGGGCCCUGCCCCCAAGUCCCACCCAGGGCCCCCCCACGUCCAUGACUUCCAUGUGGACCAGCCUCUCGAGGAGUCCUUGUUGAACCCAGAGCUGAUUCGGCCCUUCAUCCUGGAAGGCUGAGACUUGAGCCAGGUCCCGAGCUAUCCCCAGGACCACCUGUGGCCUCUGUUCCUCUGCUCCGGCCUGCUUUAGGUUUUCCCGUCUUCUGCUGACACACCAGCACACUCCAUAUCUGCUUCCUCUCCUGCCCCCAGCAGGCCAGAGGACAUCCGGCCUCAGUAGAGCAAGACCUCUGUGGCUUGUGCCAGUGGCCUCCAUCUGUGCCCUGACUGCCCAUCAGGAGGCGCGUUCUUGCUGCUGUGCAGGGACCACCACCCCAGGGGCAGUGCCUGUGUGGUGCUGUUUUUCCGGGCUCUGCCUUCCUGCUCAGGGGUAGUUUUAAGGGGGCCAUCUGGGAGGGUGGGGUGCCGCAGAAUUUAAGAUGCCUUUUGGCAACACUGAUGGGAAGGCAGGCUUGGUUUGGCUUUGUUCUUGGAGACAUUAAACACUAGUUCAGAGGUUAUGAAAACUCCAAGUAGCUCUGUCUGGUGUCUGUUUCUCUUUAGGGCUGAGGUGGCAUCAUCAUUAGGAAAAUGAUGACACACCUUCUGAGAGUGUCAUGAUGGAGUUCCCAUUUGGAGUGGUGGUGGCACAAGUCAAGGCCUAGGGACAGCUCAGCCUGGGGACCAAGACAUUAAGGCAACUUACCAACACUUGCACCCUCACAGUCAGGGGGUCCAGGACUAGACAUGCCACCCCCUUACUCAGAGAUACCAAAUAAAUGGAACAGGCAUUCCUAGGACACAUUUGUUAAGUCAAUAAAUCCACUAUAA